AUGCUCGCCGUCGCUGACCGUCCCAACCGCAAUCUGCCGUCGGCUACUGCGUCUAGCGAGCUUUACCAUCGGAGCGACGACAGCAAGCUGAUCAAGAGCGACAAGGAGGAGCGUUCGCGUGUAGUCAGCGAAAUGGCGAGCAUUGCGGGAAACUUCAAGAGUCGGGGGACCCCAAGCGCGCUCGAAGCGAACCCGCUGAAAGGUGUGAAGCAAUCGAAGAAAUAUUUGGUGCUCGCAAAGGAAUUCUUGAGAGGCGAGAGUGCUUUCCCGCAGCUCUACAACGAUAAGACGAAGACUCCGUAUAUGACCUUUACACGGCUGGGAUUCGGCAAACUCUCGUCCGAAGAGAAGCAAGCAAACGAAUUGUACCUCAUCUGGGCAAAGUAUUUCGAUUACUGGGUAAACAGGAACCAUCCAACAAGUCGCUAA